AUGAGCUUCUCGCUCACCUUCUCCGAGCUGGCCAACAUUGCCAUCCCGCAGUGCGGGGUGGUGAACUUCCAGGCCCUGCACCUCCUGCUCCACGGCAUCCUGGAGCACAUCCACAUGGCUGAGCUCAAGAAGGUCCUCUCGGGGGACGAAGACUUCCUCCAGUCCUCGCAGGCUGUGUUCAUGCCCCGGGAGGGAGAUGCUCAGCCCAUCCUCAGCCCCAUGAAGAGGCUGAAUAACGUCUUCGACCACAUGGUGAACCGCGUGGACAAGAUAGAGAGCCAGCUGGCCGUGCUGCAGGAGCUGCCCUCCACCUCCAUGCUGCUGGAGGCCAGCCAAGGCGCCGGCCAGCCUGCCCAGGAACUGUGGCAGCUCAUAAAGCUCCGCAAGAUGGUGGAGGGCCACGAAGAAGCCAUAGAAAAGUCCAUGAAGACCCUGCAGGAUUUGCUCACCGACAUUUAUAAACUCAAGGUCAACACCGAAACCCUCAGGAAGAAUAUGGACGUACUGAAGGACAGGUGUGAUAAGAUACACCUGGAAAGAAUAGACAGUUUCUUUGAUGAUUUGAAAGGGCAGAACCGGAAGAUGACUGCACUGCAACGGGAUAUGGCUGUUCUCCAGAACAGGAUUCUCACCAUACCGAAAACUGAGGACAUGGUACUCUGGAGUGGCCUCCAUGAAGCCUUGUUCAUGUCGGUAAAACACCUGGAAGAUGCUGAGCUGUGGCAGGUUGCAGAGAGUCUCGCAGAGACUGACCUGCCCCAGACCACCAAGUUCCUCGAAAGUGUUGAUCACAGCCAGGUCUCAGAGGCUGUCCAACUCCCCAAGUUCCUGGAGACGAUGUGGCAUUACCAGAAGCCAGGGCAACUACAGGAGGAGCCUGCCCAGGCAGUUCCGCUCACAGGGGCCGAGGAGUUGGACCAGCCUCAGGUGCCUGAGCCUGGGCCUGGGCCUGGACCUGGACCUGGGCCCGAUUCCGUGCCGAGGCCAGAGCCUGAGUCCUUGCCUGCGACUGGGCCCAUACUGGGGCCCAGCCUGACACCUGGGUUCAUACUACCACCUUGGCCUCGGCUCGGGCCUGGGCCCGCCCCAGGCUCUCAGCCCAUACCACCAGGGCUCUGGCCUAUGCUGCCAGGAGGCUGGCCUCCUUCCAGGGGCUCAUUCGUACCUAGCGGUUGGCCUUUCUGGGGCCUAGAUUACUUCCAGCCUGGCUCAGGCCAGCUGGGCACCCUGUAUGCUCAACUUCAGCGUUUCAGGGCCCCACCAGAGUCCACAGAGCCUGCCUCAGUCUGGCCUCAGACAGUGAGGCCACAGUAUCGCCAGGCGGAGAUGCAGCAGCUCCCCGCUGUCUUGGAAAGUGUGGAAGAAGGUAACUUACACCACACGGCGGACCCUCAGGACGGAGCCCCCAAGGCUGAGGCUGCCAGGGCUGAGGCCCCCAAGCCUGAGGCCUCCAAAGAAGUGCUCCCUAAGGGUUCCCGGUCCGCCGUUCAUAGGAUAAAAACCACCGCUGCCAUCGCAGCCGCUGCGGCCGCCGCCUACGCAGCCGCCGCGACCUCCGCAGCCCGGGCAGCCGAGACCGCGGCCAUGGUCGUCAAAGAUGCCCCCGCCACGAAACUGGCCACUGUAGCAACGACCACGGCUGCAUCCGGGCCCUUAGGGGUCUUUUCAGACAUUGUGGGUGCUGGGUCUUCCCGUGGGGCCAAAGAAUCCGCAUCCUUCAGCGAUGACACCGAGAUGGAAGACCUGGAGGAAAUGAGCUACGAAGACUUCCUCUCCUCUUCUUACGCCGCUGCCCUGAUCCCUCCCGAAGCUACCCUGUCCCAGGCCAUGCUGGCCGCCAAACAGGCUGUGACCCCUGAAGACAAGAAGAAGGCUGUCAAGUAUUCCAUGAGCCACAUAGCCCUCAUGCCCAUUAGACAUGACUCCCUGAAAGAAGAGUUUGACCAGCUGUCAACCAACCUGCAGCAGCACCUGAAUCGUCUAGCUCAUAUGGGAGUCUCUUCCAGGCUUGGGACAACAGUGGACAUACUGCAAGAAAAGGUUGGCAACCUCCAGAAAUCCAGGAUGCAGGAGGAGGAGCUGGAGAGAGUUUGGGGCCACCAAAUGGCUGUGAUAAAGGAUCACUACAUCGUGCUGGACAGGGCAGUGGAAAAGAUCCAUAUUCGCCUGGAUGAGAUAAAGAAUCUCCAGUCUCAAAUAAAAAACCUAGAAAUGCACAAGGCAGACAAAAAUAUGAUGGAGCAGGAGUUGAAAGAGAAAGCUGACAGGAGCAUCCUGGCAGGCAAGGCAAGCCGGAUUGACCUGGAGACAGUGGCAGUGGAGCUGAACGAGAUGAUCCAGAGCAUGCUAUUAAGGAUCGUGGCCCAAGAGGAUGACUGGAAGAAGGCUGUGGAGCAGCUCAGCAAGGACCUAGGCACCAAGCUGAUCCACAGGGAUUUGGACGUUCUAAAGAAAGACAUAAAUGAGGUCUGGCAAGUAGUCAGGAAGCUGCUAAUUGAAGGCCUCCGGUUUGACCCCGACAGUGCUGCUGGCUUUAGGAGGAAACUGUUUGAGCGGGUGAAAUGCAUUUCCUGUGACCGGCCUGUGGAGAUGAUGACUGGCCCGCACCUCAUCACCAUCCGCAAAGCCCACCUGCUGUCGCGGCUUCGGCCAACUAGUGCCAACAGCUACGAGUACCUGCAGCGGCAACAGAUGAGGGAACAGCAGCAGCUGCAGCAGCUCCAGAACCUUGGAGACCAGGAGGACUGGAGCAACAGCCCUGGGAAUGAUGCCAACUUCAAGCCAUAUAACUUGUCGACACUCUACCCCUAUGGGGACCCCGAGGUGUUGGACUAUGAUACCGCCGAGGUGGACAUCCUGGGAGUGGACGGGAUCCUAUACAAAGGCCGAAUGGACAGCCAGGAAGGAGCACGGCCACUGACCAGCGUGGAGAAGGAGCUGACUGCUGUGAAGAUUCCACAUCCCCCGACUCGAAACCUAUAUGACCGCUAUGGUGUCAUCUACCCCCCCCUGCGCUCCCAUACCAGCAUCCGCUCAGUGACUUCAGGCUCCCACUCAAUGAUACCAGCUCAGUCUCCGUCUCUGCCACCCCUGCCACUGCUGCCACCGCUGGUGCCAUCCCUGCAGGACCCCCAGCAAGCCUCAGGGUCCACCAGGCAUCCAAGGCCUCAGCGCCUCCAGUCCCGAGCCAGCACGCAGCCCGCCUAG